UCCGCUGCGAUCCCACAAUGCACCGUCCGCUGCGCAGCUGCAGAUGGACUGUAGCUUGCUAGCCUCUCGCGCUAGCCGCGUAAUCGCAGUAAAGUUUGACAAACACAUGAUGAGCGGCUCGAACCCGCCGCCAGCGCUGCUCUGACGACACAUGCGCCAGGUCGAACUGCUGAUAAGAAUCCUUAUGUUGGUCCUGUCUCUUCCUGAAGCUUCAGCUCAACUGCUUAGCGAUGAACAUUGAUGACAAGCUGGAGGGGAUGCUUAUGAAAUGUAGCCCUGUGGGGCUUCACCACUCAUCCAGAGGUCUGGGAGCCUCAAGGGUGGACGGAAGAGGAAGAAGAGGCAGUUUGGAUAUGACACUCGGGGAACGGAGCUUGGCUAAUCAUCCCCUUUUGGCAGAGGAUGAUGAUGAUGAGGAGGAGGAUGAUGAAGAUGAUAAUGAAGAUCUGGCAGGUGGAGGCCUGAGCUCGCAUGAUCUGAUGUCUCAUGAUGACCUGAUGGUUCAUGAGGAGACAGUGAAAAACGAUGGACAGGAUGAAGCCGCUUUCUCCCAGCGAAUCUCCCAUAAACUACAUUAUACACUCAGUAUGCCAGUAAAUAUAAAGCAGGAGAUGAAAGUGCCAGACUUAUUGAUUCUGAAUAAAAAGGAGAAGAAACCAGGGAGGGACCCAUCUGACUGUCACAAAAAGAAGAAGAGAAAGCAGCGCUCGCCUGCAAAGAUUCUCACUAUCAAUGAAGACGGCUCCCUUGGGCACCAGAACCCCAAAUCUCAUGUCUGUGAGCACUGCAAUGCUGCUUUUCGGACAAACUACCAUUUACAAAGACAUGUCUUCAUUCACACAGGUGAAAAGCCUUUUCAGUGCAAUCAGUGUGAUAUGCGUUUUAUUCAGAAGUACCUGCUUCAGAGACAUGAGAAGAUCCACACAGGAGAAAAACCUUUUCGAUGUGAUGAGUGUGGAAUGAAAUUCAUUCAGAAAUACCACAUGGAAAGACAUAAGAGGACACACAGCGGGGAAAAGCCUUACCAGUGUGACUAUUGCCAUCAGUUUUUUUCCAGAACUGACAGAGUACUAAAGCACAGACGAAUGUGCCAUGAGAAUAAGGACAGGAAGGUGCAGAAAGCAGCUGCCAAAGACGGCCCUCUUCGCACCUCAGAGAGCUUGGGCUUCUCUUUUCCUGCCAAGGAAUGCACACUUCCCAAGAAGAAACGUCAGAAGACCUCUGAUAAAAGCCGGGUUGCACUUACAAGUCCAGCGGUUGACAAAGUGGUUGAAGCAGGUAACAAGGAGAAGACUGAAGACCAACUGGCCAAAAGCGAGUGUCUUCCUCUUUACACUGUAGCCACCAAGGUCAAGGACGAGUAUGUUGCGACCGAUUACUCCGUUGAGCUCCCUGAUUCCCCGCCUGGCGACAGGCAUCUCGCAGGGGAGGAGUCUAAUGAUGAGAUCAUCAGUCCUCCAAAACUAGUGCUGAAGAAAAUUGCCAGCAGAAGAGGUUUGAAACCGCAAGCCCUAGAACAGCCCCAGAGCCUCUCACCCUUGUCCUCAUUUGAAGAGAGCAAAGUUACGAGAUACACGUUUGAAAUUGUGGACAACAAAGGUCUCUUGGAUGUCGAGACCAAUCCUGACAUGGAAACGGUUGACGCCCUCCAAGGAGGCCAAACAAAACCAACUGGGAGCAGCACAAAUUACGACGACGCCAUGCAGUUUCUCAAGAAGAAGCGAUACCUUCAGGCGGCCACGGCAAACUCUAGUCGAGACUAUGCGCUUAAUGUGAGCAGCAUUGUGUCACAGCCUUCUGUCACGCAGGCAGCUGUAGCGAGUGUCAUCGAUGAGACCGUUCCCGCCACCAUCCUCUCUGAGACUCAGACACUGAACGUGGAGAUCAAGUCCAGUAACGAGAAGAACGUCCUUCCAGACGAGGUCCUGCAGACACUUCUCGAUCACUACUCCAAUAAGGCCAACGGGCAAGCAGAGAUUUCCUUCAGUGUGGCAGACACUGAGGUCACAUCCAGCAUUUCUAUCAACUCUUCCGAUGAGGGCAGCCCCACCGAGACUUUGGGAACCAGCUCACAAGCACCCCCGGCUGAGAAGGCCAGCCUUCUCCAGGAGUACUCCAAGUUUCUCCAGCAAGCACUGGAAAGGACCAGUCAGAACGACACCUACCUGAACAACCAGAGUCUUACAUUUGUAAAUGACACUGCCAGUCUUGCUGGCCAGCCUUUGUUUUCCACAGAGAAGCAGUUCACCUCCCCAUCCCGGUUCAGACCAAGCAUGAACUCGCCAUUGAGAUCCACUUUGGAGAAGCCCAAUUUUAGCCUUUUAGUAGAUUCCCAACACUCCUUCUCCUUUUCGGGUGACGAGACCAACCCUUCCUCAGUUUCUCCCACAGAGGACUUCCUUGACCAAGUGUCCUCUCCUAAAAAAUCAGAUGCGCAAAGCAUUAGUCAAACAUUUCAGAUUGCUAGUUUUGACCAGAACUUUCGAUCUCAAUUCCUGAGCUCACGAUCUGGAUUAUCCUCACAGUUUAGCAUUGCCAGUGGACAAGUUAGCCUGAGAGGUCAUGGAGGACCUGAUUUCCCGGAGUUCUCUCUUGUUAGUGAAACAAGAACUCAACUAACUUCAUCUCCAGAUGCUACAAGCAGCCAAACCUUUGGCUAAAUGGUUUUAAAGCAUUUUAAAGGCACUUUAUAGUUCUGUCAGUGAAGGCAAUGUGAUCUCUUUGCAAAUACUUAUGAUUUUCCAUCUUUAAUCAAUCACGCAUGCUUGAGAAUCAAAAGGAGCAGAGUGAUGCACGCAUUAGAUUUUAUUAUUGGACUAUGGGAUACUCCAUAUGUGUCAUUGCAUUAUUUGUGUAUUACAUAUGGAGUGCUUGGGACAAACACACUAUGGCUUGCCAAAUUAUCUAGCCUGUGUGUUAUAAAAUAAAUAAAUUCAAGCUACUACAACAAUUCUGAAGUAGUCUAAAUUUAUAGGGUCAAGCGUAGCUUCCCUGAGAAAAAGCUAUUGAAAGAUCAAUUCUUAUUUUGCCUCUUGUUAGCAUUCAGUUCUUUUGCUAAAACAUCAGGAUCAUUGGACUGUCCUAAUAAUGUAGGUCUAUAAAAACUUCUCUAGCCUAGCAUUACAAUUUUGUAUUCAAUUGGUUUUGUAACUUGUUGUCUGGAGAGGAACUGAAAGGACCUUACUUUAAUGCCCUAGACUUGAGUAAGGCACUUUGUGAUUGAUGUACUGCAAGUCACUUUUGUUUCAAAAAAUGAGUUAACAUUUUUCUCACCCGUCAUUGUAAGCUAAUUUGUGUAUUUAAUCUUUUUGUGCAUUUUAUGGACCUAGCCCAUAAUUUAAUAUAAUGAGAAUAAUCAUGAAAUAUUUUUGCACAUUUCUCCUAAGGUUAUUGGAUCAAAAAAAAAAUAUUCUCAUGCUCCUUCUGUGGGAAUCAGUACAUUUUCGUUAGAGAAUGUCUUGCCAAUCAGAUAUAGGUGCACAUGGGGAGCAGUGCAUCUUUAGAGGGUUGUUUUCACAUAUCCCACAUUUGGGGAUGCAGUUUUAGCAGUUAUCCAUGGCAACAGCACUUACAGAUAUGCCCUUCUCAUUGCCCCAUUUGUCAUCAUUGUGCCUGACUCAGUGGCUACAGUAGGUCAGACUUACAUACUUGUGUGCAUUUAAUAACUUUGGUUACCUUAAGAUGAAUUAACUUGUUGACAGACUGUUUCUUGAGUUUCCAGAUGCACUCAAGAUCUGAUAAACAUGAUCUUUUAAAUAGCACUUUCAGCUUAGUUUAAAAAAUUUUUUUAAAGCAUUUUUCAGUUACCACCUUUGUCUACGUACAAUUUAAUAUAAUCUAUAUCAUUGUUGGGAGAAAUCAAGAAAGAUGAUUUAAGGAUGUAUGGUCAGAUCAUAUUUUUAUGGUUUUCUUAAUUUAAUUUCUUUUUUUUUGUCUCAGAAACACCCCAUCCAUUAGCAAAUACAUCUUUGUAUCAGAUUCACUUACUGUUACUUAUUGGAUUAAUGUAGAAAAAAAAGUUUGGUAAAGUUGUACUAAUCUGUGUAUGUACACAUUUGUUAAUUGCACAUUUCUUAUUGUUAACUAAUCAUGUAAAUUGUAAGGUUUUUUUCUGUACUCUUAUUGUUAAUGGAAAUGUACCGCUUGCCCCUAAAUUGUAUCUUGAUUAAUCUUAGCUUUAUGAUUUAUAUUAAUAGUAUAAUGGCAAACUGUACACAUUCUUAUGUAAGUUGUUUAAUUUUUUAGGAACAAUUUACACACAAAUUCACUCUGGUUAUGUUUGUGAAUGAGCCUCAUUCAGAGCAGUUCUGUGUGUAUGUUUUUUUCAUAGUCUGUAUGUUCUGGGUGUCAAAGACAUUUUACAGUUUUUGAUUACCGUCUAUUAUAUGUGUGCCUAAACAUUCCUUUACUGUCCCUUUAUUUUUACAUGUAAAUAGUUUAUAUAUUUUAAGUUUUUGCUGUGCACGUUUCUUGAAGUGUAGAGAGAGUGCAACAUGAUUUAAUAUUUGCUGCCUUUUUGGUUUACUCAGUCCUACAGUCCCUGAUGAGUUUCAGCACAACUUUUGUGACAAAAUCAUGUUUGUGUUCUUGGUUGUAAGAUUACAAAUGUACUGUCCUCUAAGAAUUGCCUCUGAGUGCAAUUUUAAAAAUAAUAAUUUGAUUAAACCUUGUAUGGAUCUCAUACAUUCUCAGAGGAUGAGUUUUUAGGAUGUUAUUUAUCGUUUCAAUAUCAUGUGAUAUCUGAAUUUUAAAUAUUUAAUCAAUAAUUACUGCUACAGAUGCUACAGAAAAUGAUGAAAGUGAAAUGAUAAUUUGAGGGAAAACCUUGUUUUUGCUUUAUUUCCUUUUAGUAAAUUGUGCAUUGUUUUUUUUUAAGCUCAAUUGCUGUUGGUAAGAGGCCAUAUGCAUUUAGACACAUGACUGUUGUCCUCCUUUAUUGACUGUAUUUUGAGCAAAAAAGUUUCAUCUGGUGUUACUGACACUGGAUCAUUAUUUUCUUUCAAGCUUAAUUUGAGUGAAAAACGGAACGGUUUUAUUUAGUAAGAGAGCUCUUCUGUAUAAUUUUAGACAUUUAAUUUUAUUGGGGAGUGCAUGUCAUCUGAUUGUCUUUGUGCACUGGUUAUAUUUUUGUAUCCAUUUUAUUGUAGCCAAAUUAUUUCCAUAGAAUAUUCUUUAAUGCAAUACUCUGCCUAAGACAUGGGGAAAAAAGUUCUGAUUGGAUGUUUCUGAUUGUGUGCCUCUUGUUGUGUAAUAUUAAAUUUCCAAAUACAUCAA